UAAAAAGGGCUACAGUGGUUGCUAAAAUUAGUUUUCAUCCAGAUAUUGACGAUUUCUAAUCAUAAACUUUGCGUGACUUAAUAUUAUUUAUUCAACGAAAAUGCAUUUUAUAUUAUUACUUCAAUUACUGGUCGCAAUGACGUCGGCAGCAGUAAUAAGGGACAUUGGAGGGCUUUAUUUUUCACACUCACCAAAAACAAACGAAGAUACUGAUUCACAAAACGAACAGGAUAUUGAUGGAAUGUUCUCCUACAACAGCGAUAACUUCGCCAAUUAUUAUCCACAACGAAGCAAGCGGGACGUUCAUCUAUCUCCAGAUGUCUAUCUUGAAAGUAAAAGCCUUCCAAACGACAUUGAUCAAAUUUACGGUCAAAAGUUCGCAGUUAGGGAGAUGGCGGACUCAAAAACUGACGAUUUGGAUGGACUUUAUUCUUAUAGCAAUCCCGAUGGCAUUAACUACCCUCAUUACGCAAGAAAGCGCACCGUUCGCCAGACUUCUGAUGUCAUCAAUAAACUUUCAAGGGAUAAAAACAGCACACAAGACAAUGACCAACUUCACGGUCAAAUGUUAUCAAGUCUAAUGGAACCGAAGAACGGUGAAGAUAAUGUGAACACACUUAACAUUUACAAUAAUCAUAAUGGUGAAAAAUAUCCAGCUGGAAGCAGGAAACGUUUUGUAUACGACAACGCUUUUGGAAACGUCAAUGAAGCGAUCAACAUUGAGCACAUUCGGCGUAAAAACUUACAAAUCUUCAUCGAACAACUUAAAAACUUCAACAUCCCUGGAUUUGACGCCGUUAAAUUCUACAACGACGUAAUGGACUUUUAUCAUCACUGCGACCUUUUGCCUAUUCGUGUUCAAGUACAACCAGCAUUUGACCAAGGUUUCAUCGAUGUUGGAGAACUUUAUCAACAAAAUGGGAUUCCACGUGAUGAAAUGCCUAGACCAAAGGACAUUGACAAUCUUUAUCAGUACAAUGGUAACUAUCCAGUUUAUCCACAACAAUAGGCUUACGUUCAAUCAUUUAUUCAUUUUCUCAUUUAUUUCACAUUAUUACUUUCUAUUGUUUAGUAUUUUAAUUUUGAUGCGUAGAUUCAAUAACUGCAAGCAGAAUUUAUUUCAAUUUCAUAUAGUCUGUGAUUUAUGAUUUAUUCUUGAAAAUAGUCUUAGAAGUAAAUAGUCUGCUUUAUCGAAAUCAAUAGAACCUAAUUUAAUACAGCUAUUAUAAUUAUUUAUAUUCGAAAAGCAAAGACUGUAAUAAUAAUUUUAAGUGAAAUGUUUAUUAUUUUUUUUAAUUACUAUGAACAAAUCGUAAUGUUAUUCGCAUAUCUUUAAUUUCAUAAGUUGUAUUUUUCUAAAUAAAAUAUUACAUGCUUUUUUUUUU